AUGGACACACAAGAGACGGUGGUAUAUACCUACAACUUACAAGUCGGGUAUGCUCCCCUGCAAUUCUCGGUGCUCGUCGAACCUGAAGCAGAUCAACCAAAUUACUACACCCUGUCCCUGUCAAUGAAAGCUGGUCAUGUCGAAAGAGCGAUCUGUGCUCCAAUCACCCUGAGACUAUCAAUAGACCCCCGGCGGCUAGAUUUCUCUGUCUUCGUCUUUCCUCCACGAACGAGUUUACCGGCUGACUGUCUGUACAACCUGCGCGUUUGGCUCCAUACUGCAGGUAUCGACCAUCGGAUAUUCAGCGAUAACGAGCUUUGGGUUGGGAGAGAUCCCGACUUUCGGUCCGUCGGAGACGCUUCAUUUGCCGUCCUGCGAAAUGCAACACAAGACAUGCUCAUAUAUCAGGGCAUCGUAGGUCGUGCGCAUGUUAGCUUCAUAAUACGAUGGAAGCUCGUAGAAGUCGGCCUAUACAGUCUCUCCCUAGAGUACGAAGCCGGAGGCGCCGGACGAACACUCUUCGACGACUGCUACAUGAAACUAGAGUGCGAACCACAAAUCGUCUCAUUUCUAAUCUACGUCAUACCUGUAACCUCGACACCCCCCGGCGCAUCUCACCGCCUCCGCUUCUGGCUUCGCACACCUUUCGUAUCGCAUUCCCCAGCUUCCUCCACUAUUUCCCAGUCCGAAUCCUACAUCUACCAGCGUAUAUGGAAAUCAGACGAUUUCAAGAUAGGUGCUAGCCUCAACUUUGAAGAACUAGGAUCAAAACUCGUGAUGGGUGUCCGCGAUCUAGAUUCACCACGAAUAGAGCGUGAUCUUCCGAGUUUGAACCCUGAGAGACGCCGGAGCUUGCGAACACCCACGAAUGCAGUUGGUGGCUCGUCACGAAAUUCCAUGUUGCAAAUUCGUUGA